GGUGCAGGAGGAAAAGGAGUGGCCUUCUGCAGAUAGUCGCCCUCUCUGCCGGAGUAAAGUCUUCUCACUGUGGCAGCACACAGGAGGGAAAACAAAAGUUUAGAGACACAGGACAGGGAGAAGGACAGAGAGAGAGAGAGAGAGAGAGAGAGAGACAGACAUCUUCAAACCACAGUUUCUCCCAGACUGUGUGUGGGUUGAAUACAGUCAUGGCAUCAGCAGCUCCACCAAAGAGAAUGGUGUCCUCCUUCUUUAUCACUCUGGCAUCCCCCUACCGAGCCACGGUGACACAGCAGCAGCAGCCCACCCUCCAAGCCCACAGUUCCCCGGCUAGAGACAAGCAGCACACAGCUGUGCGGGUUAGCCCAAGUGAAAGUGUCCCUGUCUUGAGACACAGGAAAGAAGACGUCCUCUCUUCUCACAACAGCAAAGACAGGGGUCAUGCAGGAGCCUUGACCCACGUUUCAGGUCCUCAGAGUCCCAAACCUACCCAGACUGGACCCGGGGCAAAGAUAGAAGACAACAUAGGUGCUGCAGAGGGCCUUCCUCCUCCUCCUCCUCCUCCCCCUCCAGCUGCUGCGCGGCCUUCCCCUCAGAGAGCAGCACUCCCUGAGGAUUCAGCACUUCCACCACCACCUGCCCAGACGCCUCUCUCACACCCUUUGACCCCAGGGCAGCAGCCGCUUUACAACAAAGAGGUGGAAACAAGAACACCAUCUAGUGGGUUGAACCGAGGUGAACAAUACCAUAACAAUGGCCAGGACGCAUGUGAGGAGACUAAAGAGGUGUGUGGCUUCUGUCGGAAGCCCGUGGCUCUUUCUGAACCUGCGAUCGAGGCCUUGAACAGGACUUACCAUGACGCCUGCUUCCAGUGUAGAUCCUGUCACAUUCCCCUGGCUGGCAAACAGUACUACAACAAGGCAGGAAUCCCGCUCUGUGAAGACUGCUACCAGGCCAGUCUGGAGCUCUGUUGGUCAUGCGGCGAGGUCAUCACAGACCAUGUGAUCCGCGCCCUUGAGCGAGCGUACCAUCCUUCAUGUUUCACCUGCACAACAUGUAAACAGAAGAUCGGAGAGCAGGCGUUCGCUCAGGGAGAAGUUGGAGAAGUGUAUUGCCUCCAGGACUACUACAGGAAAUAUGCUCCAAAGUGUUGCUCCUGUAACCACCUAAUUAUUCCAAAAGAGGACGGGACUGACAGCUUCACUGUGGAAUGUCUGGGACGCUCCUACCAUGAGAACUGCUACAGAUGUGAGGUCUGUGUCAUUCAACUCUCUCCUGAACCAAACGAGCACGGCUGCUAUCCUCUGGACGGGAGGAUGCUCUGCAAAUCCUGCCACAUGAAUUUGGUACCUGCUCAGCACUAACGCCAUAAACUGCAGCUGAUGGAACAGGGCCACAAGUCCGGUCAUGGGCAUUUAAGACUCUGGCAUGUGAAUGUCACACUAACCUUUUAUUGUUUUGUUUUACAAUAAUGAAAUCUGGUUAUCAUUUUUAUAACAUAUCAUACUUUCUGAAGACCAUCGUAUUCCUCUUUUAUACUUGAUAAUUUUGCACUCAAUAAAAUCUACAAAAUGCACCAAAUAUAUUUAUGCAACAGACUUAACGCAAUAAUUAUUUGAAUAUUUCAAAGUCUUAAUUUGUAUACUGUUUCUCUAUCACAUUAAUCCUUUAUAAUAAACAUAAAAAUGUAAAUUAAAAAACAAAACAAAAAUAUAUAUGAAAGUUAAAUAAUAUAUUUUAUCUGAAACCAGGCUUCAACAUGCAUUAGAUUUGUUAAGUCGCACAUACAAUAUCGAUAAGCAUUAAGAUCAGAAAUAAGAUAUAUUUACAAAACUGAAUAGACAUUUUAAUGUGACUUUUUUUUCCUUUAAAACACGACACAAUAAGUGAUUUUUAACCACUGAUUAUGUAUCUGUACUUUUGAAUGUGAUCACAUCCAUUUUUUGAACACACAAAGAUCCUGUCUCGACCACAGAGCCUGUAUUUUGUUUUAGCAGCAGUGAACUGAUCACAUCUGGACUUUACAGUAUUAAAGUGUCAUUUGGAUCCCA